AUGGUCCUCUACGAGGUCGAACAGAAGUUUGCCUUCAACGCCACCCUCCUCGCCCUCUUCCGAGCAAAUCGAGGGACCCCGCCCUUUCACCGACUGCAGCGUCUCGGAACUAAAAAGUUCGAGGACGUGUACUUUGACUCGGCAAACAAACUCUCCAAAAACGGCCUAUGGGUCCGAAAACGAAACAACACGUGGGAAGCCAAAUCCGGGAGAAGCGGUAAUUUCCUUCGCACCACAUUCCACGAGACUACGGAUGUCAGCGAGAUUAAGACCUUGGUCAAUAAACAAGUAUCCAGCAGGAGCUGUGGUCCAGAUGAUAACUUCGGACUGGAUAUCCUCUGCCGGUAUUGCACUACGAGGGAGUCUUUUGUUGUUGAUGAGAAGUUCGCGGUUGUGCUGGACGAAACAGACUUUGGGCAUUCGGUGGGCGAGGUCGAGCUCACAGCGAGGGAUGAGAAGUCGGCCCAUGCUGAUAUCGACGCCUUUAUGGAGAAAUACUCUUGGUUCUUCUUGCAGGGUGGUAAGCCUACUGGCAAAAUCACAGCUUAUUUUCAGCGUUUUGGCCGGGCUUCGAUUCCAUAA